AAUAAAUAUUCUACGAAAAUCCCUCUAUAAUUAUAAUUUCCCCUAAAGGGAUGAAGUCCGCAGAACAUCCUCAAUACGUGCAUGUAGUACAUACAAAAAUAUCGAAAAAGGGACUAAAAUUUAUGAGAGCAUCCAGCACACGACAUACAUAAAAUUUCAUAUUUGAGUCCUAACGCAUAAAGUUUCCAGCAACAUCAGACUCUUUGAGUAGAAUUCCCUUCAAAAUGUCUGACUCAUCCAUGUGAAUCUCCAGCACGUCGUGCCGUUAUUAUUAUUGGGAACGUUUUAUGGAAAUAAAAAAAAGAAAUGAAAUUUCAAAACUGUCACCAGACCCAAAAAUCGUAGCAUUCAAAUGAAUUUACGUGUCGCAUUUUCCGUGUCUGAAUAUUUCACGAACAACAAUAGCGACGGAAGGCCGGAAUAAUCAAUAGCGCAGGCUAGAACCGAAGCAGACCCCCGUGUAAAAAGUUACAUGUAGUUACUGAUAUAUAUAUUCCAUAUAUAUACAUAUUUAUAUAUAUUCUUUCCAUAUGUGUUACACCCCUGCUACCAGGAAAGGAACACGCAAUACAAUUGGCUGUCACGCAAGGCGUGUUUCGGUUUAAAUGCGAAUACAACAUACUGCUGCGCUUUUGUAAAUUUUGUAUUAUACGACAGGCUCAAAGAUAAAAUGUAUUAUUUGUAUUGAAAGAUAAAUAUAUCCAUUUAAUCGAAAGGGUCAAGCAUUAUGUGUUAUACGUUUAAAGAGAGAACAACUGUAUUUUUAUACUGUGUAUUUUUAAAAGCGGAAACGGAUGUACGUCACUUUAAAAGUUCAGACUAUGCGAAUCAGACGAUACUGGAGAUAGCUGAUUUAACAUGGAUGCAUUAAGUUUUAUAUCGUUCUUUAAAGUGUUCAUUACUGUGACGAGCUUCCAUAUCAACUUUUAUUAAUUAACAGUGAAUUCCAAUAACGAUUGGAAUGACUACAAAUUGAUCGUUAGUAGGUAUCUGAAUAUUGGUAGUGACUGUUGGCUAUGCCGGUAAAAAGAAAUUAUUGGAAAUAGAUUUUCUGUUAAUCUAUAUGAACCUAGUGGAAGCUUAUAUGAAAAAUUGAAAUUACAGUCAGGUCGCUGCUUUCUAUGCAACGGAAUACAACACGCGUUGAUAUUGUAAAUAGUUUUUGAAUUUUAUGAGAAUUUUUGUUAAUUAAAAAUAUUAUUUUCAUAUGCCGUGGUAUUUUUUCUCUGCAGUGGUAUACGGAAGAAGCAUGUAAGACAUGGACGUCGGUUAUUACAUCGUCUAAGGGACAAAAGUGAAAGUAACAAUUAGCAAAAGUGAAUCGAGUCUACCUUUACGAUUGAAUGGUGGGAUCCAGGGAUCAUUUGAGUUACCCGGCUUUGGAUCAACGAGUGCAGUUUCUUACGAGCAGUUCUUUCACGCAGUUCACAAGGAUUUUGAGUCUUGAGUUUUUUUUCAAAACUUUCAACUGACCAUAACGCGGUAUUAAGAAGGCAACAUACUAACCGAUCAAGAUGACGUUCCCAAGAAGAAUAAUUAUUCUCAUCCUAUGUGCGAUCAUCGCCACGAUGACGUCGGUAAGGGCCUUUCCAGACGGUGCACCAGUGGACGCUUGCGUUAAGCCCAGAAAGAAUCAACCCUAUCACGGCCAAGCGAGAACACAGUCUUUGGAAACUAACCCCUACUCCGUGGUAGCAUCCUCGAGCGAAUACGGACCAGGCUCACAGAUUACUGUCACCAUAGGUGGCGACAUCUUUAAGGGCUUCUUCCUUCAAGCUCGUAACGCUCACACCGGCGAAUGGAUUGGCUCCUGGGCGCAAACACCAAAUACCAAUACUCAUCCUGAGUGUAGUGCCGUGACCCAUGCUGACCCUCGUGAAAAACAGCAGGCCACACUCAUUUGGAACGCUCCUCAUAAUUCUCAGGGUCAAGUGUACUUUACCGGCACUGUUUUGAAGGAUUAUGGAACGUUCUGGGCUGACUUGGUGGCCCAAGUGGCGCAGUGAAGAAUCCUGCAAAUAACGUACUGAGUGGAGUUUCAUCCCAAAUAGGCAUUAUGGCCAUUAGAGUUAAGACGGUCGCCAGCAAUUGAACAUUGAUGUCCAAAGAUACAAAACUGGUCCGAGCGAUUAGUGUGACGUAAUAGGCCUCUAAGUCAUAAUACAAAUUAUCCAUGCCUUCCGACUUCACAAUGCAAAUUACAGAUUUCAGGUUCAACGGCCGGAGUCCGUUCGUAGUACACAGAACAGCGAAGAUGAAGUAACCACAGAAAUGGGGCGGUUAUUAGAUUCUAAAAAAAAAAAGAAAUAAAAUAUAUUAGUAACAUAGAA